GCAACUAUUACUGAAAAUGGCGUCCAAGCCCUUUUCAGAGGAUGAUUUCUCCUGUCCUGUGUGCUGCGAAGUCUUCAAAGAUCCAGUUCUACUGACCUGCACUCACAGCAUCUGUAAAGCCUGCCUGAAGAGGUUUUGGGAAACCAAAGGAUCCAGAGAAUGUCCAGUCUGCAGGAGAAGAUCCUCCAAAGAAGAACCUCCUCUUAACCUGCAUCUGAAGAACCUGUGUGAGACUUUCCUACAGGAGAGAAGUCAGAGAGAACCAUUCUGCAGUGAGCACCGUUCAGAAUUGAAGCUUUACUGUGAAGAUGACAAGCAGCUUGUGUGUUUGGUGUGUCGAGACUCAAAACGCCAUAAAAACCACAACUUCAGUCCCGUCAGUGAAGCAGCACUUGAGCGUAAGGAAGAACUGAAGAUCAAACUACAGCCCAUACAGCAGAAACUGGACAACUUCAAGCAAGCCAAAACAACCUGUGAUAAAACUGCCCAGCACAUACAAGUCCAGGCACAACACACAGAGAAACAGAUCAAGGAGGAGUUUGAGAAGCUUCGCCAGUUUCUACGAGAUGAAGAGGCAGCCAGGAUAGCUGCACUGAGGGAGGAAGAGGAGCAGAAGAGUCAGACGAUGAAGGAGAAGAUUGAGAAGAUGAGCAGAGAGAUCUCAUCUCUUACAGACGCAAUCAGAGCCAUAGAGAGGGAGAUGGGAGCUGAUGACAUCACAUUUCUGCAGAACUACAAGAGCACAGUGGAAAGAGCCCAGUGCACACUGCAGGAACCAGAGAAGGUUUCAGGAGCUCUGAUCAAUGUGGCAAAGCACCUGGGCAACCUGAAGUUCAGAGUCUGGGAGAAGAUGCAGGAGAUUGUUCAGUACACUCCUGUGAUUCUGGAUCCCAACACUGCAUUCCCAUAUCUCAUCCUGUCUGAGGAUCUGACCAGUGUGAGAUAUGGUGAUGAGGGGCGGCAGCUUCCUGAUAACCCAGAGAGAUUUGAUGAAUAUCUCCUUCCCAGUGUCCUGGGCUCUGAGGGCUUUAACUCAGGGACUCACUGCUGGGAUGUGGAGGUUGGAGGUGGUAUAAUCUGGUCCCUGGGAGUGAAGACGGAGUCUGGGGAGAGGAAGGGAUGGAGUUCCUGUAGUAGUGGAGUCUGGAGUGUGCAGUAUUAUUAUUAUGGUGGUGAAUACACAGCAGUCUCCCCAUCCCAGCCAGACACCACCAUCACAGUGCAGCAGACACUCCAGAGGAUCAGACUGCAGCUGGACUGGGACAAAGGAGAGCUCUCAUUCUCUGACCCUGAUAAUAACACACAUAUUCAUACAAUUACAGGCACAUUCUCUGAGAGAAUGUUUCCAUACUUUUGCACUUCUGUUUCUCUCACCAUCGUGCCAGUUAAGGUUGCAGUCAGAUUUCAGUGAAUAUUGUUUCAGUGGCCAACGUUAUAAGCACACAGGAAAUUGUCUUCUAAAUUUCACCCAUCUGUGAGCAGUGAACACAUACACAGUAGGAAGAGUGAGCACACUUGCAAUACACACACACACACAUGCACACGCGCACACACUUGUCUAUUUCACCUUUGUUUUUUGUUUUUUUACUGUAGGCCAGGUUUGCUUCUCUGUAUGUAUCUCAUAAAUUGCAUACAUUGCUAUUUGUUCAUACUAAUUGUAUAUUAUAAAUGUAUCUAGAAUUUAAUUCUUUGAGCAAAGAAUUUCAAAAACUACACCAGAUUAGCAGAAGUCCUUGGCUCUUUUGCAAAAUUAAACACUUUUUAAACACAAUUAUUUAUCACAAUUCUAUUUUGUUGUCAUAUCACAAACACAUCCAUCAUAUGAUCUGAUUAUGUGAUUGUAUGAUUAUGAUGGACGUGCAUAACAUGUCUUUAUUGUGUCCGUCGGUCCAAAGCUGGACGACUGCACGACGUGCAAACUUGAUCCGCUAUUUGGACAUCAGUAGGACUAUGUAACCUUUUUUGGACGUUAUACAGAGGUCCUGUGGAUGUCAA